GAGGUUGUUCUGCUGGUACUAAAAAAGCAGUCGGGUCUUCGUUGAUUCAGACGGCGACUGGUACUUCUUCUAAAGCUGCACCUCCGAGGACGACCUCCUCCGAUCGGACGGAACGAAUUUUGCAGAAUAUCACGAAGUAUCAAAUGUAAAAAUGUCUGGGUCUGGAAGGUUGGAACUUGUGAUGCUGUCUCUGGAUUCUAAAAAAAUUUGCAUUGCAUGACCAGCAACAGAACUCCAGUUUGUGCUACCCGGAGAGGGCAUUUCUCAUGCGGUAGAGGCAUCACAAAGGCCUCUAAAAAACUGUCGUGCUAGAGCAUGCAUCACAGACAUCAUGAGUCUUUCAGAAUUGCAUGACAAACCUGGCAAGCUUCCAGACCCAGACAUUUUUACAUUUCAUACGAAGGAAGCCGAACUUUACGCAGAAAUAAAUCACCCGAGAACAACCGAGGAACUAAGUCAACUUGGGAGAAGUGCG